CAGGUGAAAGAAAUUUAAAGGGUUUUAUAUAAGAUGGCGACACUAUCAGAUAUUGGUGUAGCGGCUACAAUAAACAUUCUAAGUGCUUUGAUAUUCCUUUUGCUAUUUGCAAUCUUGAGGAUCCAACCAUUCAAUGAUAGGGUUUAUUUCCCUAAAUGGUACUUGAAAGGUCUUAGAAGCACCCCGGUUACUUCGGGUGCUUUCGUGAAGAAAAUUGUGAAUUUUGAUUUUCGUUCUUACAUACGGUUCCUGAACUGGAUCCCUGCUGCGCUAAAGAUGCCAGAAUCUGAACUUAUUAAUCAUGCUGGUUUGGAUUCUGCUGUCUACUUGAGGAUUUACUUAAUUGGACUUAAGAUCUUUGUUCCAAUCGCAUUGCUUGCAUGGUCUAUUCUGGUACCUGUCAAUUGGACCAGUGAUGGACUGCAGGUAGCAAAACUACGUAAUGUAACAUCCAGUGAUAUUGAUAAGCUUUCCAUAUCAAAUGUGGAAUAUGGAUCAGACAGCUUUUGGGCGCAUCUCGUGAUGGAAUACGCUUUCACAAUCUGGACUUGCUAUGUUCUAAUGAAGGAAUAUGAGAAAAUAGCUUCAAUGCGGUUAGCAUUUCUCCAAUCCGAAAAACGACGUGCUGAUCAGUUCACCGUCUUGGUUAGGAACGUACCACCAGAGUCACACGAGUCAAUUAGCGAAAACGUGGAGCAUUUCUUUAUGGUUAACCACCCAGAUCAUUAUCUUACCAAUCAGGUGGUUUACAAUGCAAAUGAAUUAGCUGACUUAGUAGCAGAGAAGAAGAAAAUGCAGAACUGGUUUGAUUACUACCAUUUGAAAUAUACAAGAAACAAGGAACAAAGGCCAAGGGCAAAGUUGGGAUUUCUCGGGCUAUGGGGAAAGAAAGUAGAUGCAAUGGAUCAUUACACAGCUGAGCUCGAGAAGCUAAGCGAGCAAAUUAUGGCAGAAAGGAAGAGAGUAAAGAAAGACGAAAACGGUGUAAUGCCAGCAGCUUUUGUCUCUUUUAAAACUCGCUGGGGCGCUGCAGUUUGCGCACAGACACAACAGACAAAGAAUCCAACAGAGUGGUUAACGGAUUGGGCUCCGGAGGCAAGAGAAGUGUAUUGGCCAAACCUAGCCAUGCCUUACGUGUCUCUCACGGUAAGAAGACUUGUAAUGCACGUUGCCUUCUUCUUCCUUACUUUCUUCUUCAUCAUCCCAAUUGCAUUUGUGCAAUCCCUUGCGAGUAUCGAAGGUAUCCAAAAAACCGCUCCGUUCCUCAAUACCAUCAUCGAAAGGAAGUUUAUUAAAUCGGUGAUCCAAGGGUUUCUUCCCGGUAUUGUCUUGAAGCUCUUUUUGGUAUUUCUUCCAACGAUCUUGAUGAUCAUGUCGAAAUUCGAAGGGUUUGUGUCGAUAUCAUCGUUAGAGAGAAGAGCCGCUUUUAGAUAUUAUCUAUUCAACCUUGUGAAUGUUUUCCUCGGUAGCAUAAUCACCGGAUCAGCAUUUGAACAGCUAGAUUCUUUCCUUAAACAAUCCGCGGACCAGAUUCCACGGACGGUUGGAGUGGCCAUUCCGAUAAAGGCAACAUUCUUUAUAACAUAUAUAAUGGUUGAUGGUUGGGCGGGUGUGGCAGGAGAGAUUCUUAGGUUGAAACCAUUUGUCGUUUUUCAUUUGAAGAACUUUUUCUUGGUGAAAACUGAAAAGGAUAGAGAAGAAGCAAUGGAUCCGGGACAGAUUGAUUUCUAUGCAACGGAGCCUCGGAUUCAACUCUAUUUCCUCCUUGGUCUUGUCUAUUGAUGUAGCGUCUACUUCCAAUAUCUGUUAGGAUUUACUUCAUGUUUUCCUUUUCUUAAUUAUCCUUUUGUUAGUUGGUUUUGGCAUAUUUAUCUCAUGCCUUUUAUGUUUAGGAAUAUAGGUCUCACGAUGGAGCCUAUAUAUAAGCUUCUCUUCUUUUGUUUAGAACACAACUUUUGAUUUGAUUAAUAAACUACUUAGAG